AUGCAACUCAACUCUUCUUCACAACUUCUGUAUCUCCUUCCAGGACAGCUAGAAACCUGUCAAGCCUCUGCAACAAAAAGAGUCAAGAGUGAGGGUCCAAAGCUUGUUCCGUUCUUCAAAGCCACUUGUGUCUACUUUGUUCUAUGGCUGCCCACCUCAAGCCCCUCCUGGUUCAGUGCCCUCAUCAAAUGUCUCCCCAUAUUCUGCCUUUGGGUUUUUCUGCUAGCUCAUGGCAUCAGCUUUUUAGGUGCCCACUCCAGUGCCAGGAAAAUCCUGGCAGGACUUAUUUUUUCAGCUUUGGGUGAUGCAUUUCUCAUCUGGCAAGAACAAGGCUACUUUAGUCAUGGAUUGCUAAUGUUCGCCAUCACCCACAUUCUCUACUCUUCAGCCUUUGGGAUGAAGCCUCUCAAUUCGAGAGCAGGUCUGAUCAUUGCUGUCAUCUCCGGCUUCAGCUAUACCCUACUUUAUCCCUACCUCUCUGGUCCGUUUACCUACUUGGUGGCUGUUUACAUUGCCCUCAUCGGCUUCAUGGGCUGGAGGGCCAUUGCUGGUGUUCAGUUCGCAAAUGACCUCUGGACCUGGACAAAACUGUCAGCCUGCCUGGGUGCCGUCCUCUUCAUGGUCUCCGACCUCACCAUUGCUGUCAACAAGUUCUGCUUUCCAGUUCCACACUCUAGAGCCAUCAUAAUGGCAACCUACUAUGCAGCACAGAUGUUGAUCGCACUUUCAGCUGUAGAAUGCCAAGAUGCUGAUACGUCUUGGAAAAGAGCCUGAGGAGCCACACAUUAAUCAACCUUCCCUAGUGACUCAGCAUUGUUAGAAGCUGAACAGGUUCAAGUACCACUUCUAAUCCCCUAGUCCCUCCACAAUCCCCCCUGUCUAAACAUGUC